AUGUAUCGGCCGGAUCUACUGGCAUUUCUACUGCCUCUGCUGGCUGCGCCAGUAUUUGCUGCAGAGACACUCGACUGUGGAAAGAUUCGUGCGGAUGGACACACGUUCGACCUUUCCAAGCUUGGCGGACCGCAUUCAGUUGUGACGACGCGAUACAAGCCCAACCCAGCCGGACACUACAACACAACUUAUACAUUAGACGUUUGUAAGCCGUUGAAAAAGAGCGGAGGAAGCAAGUCGGAAUGCCCAAACGGCACUCGAGUUUGCGCCAUCACACAUCUUCUCAAGUCUGACGGAGACAAGAAAGAGGAGGACGAGGUUACGGACAUCGUCGCGAUCGCAGGAAACCUCGAGAACGCCGGUGGAUCUCGAUUCGAAUGGACACCUACAAGACUUAGCACGGCCGAGUCGAACUCUGACAAGAAGAAGGAGGGUUUACGGCUUGUUCUCACGGGAGGCAAGGAUCCUUUAUCUGGCCCUUCCAAAGAGAAGACCGACCAAAAGGCCAUUAUUGAGUUCCUUUGCGACCCCAACAAAGAAGGAACAGAAGGCGAGUGGGUCUCUGAGGAAAAGUACGAGAAACGAGCCGACGAAAAGAAGGACGAUGGCAAGAAGGACGAUGGCGGUGACAAGGAUGAGGGCGAGUCUACCCUCGAGCACCAACUCAAGCAUGAGAAUGCUUCCCUUAUCUGGGAUGGCUUUGAAGUUGAGAAGGAUAUAGGAAUUCUGCGCUUGACAUGGCACACCAAAUAUGCCUGCGAAAAGCGAGAGGAGAGCGGCGACGGCGGUAGCGACGAUGGCGGAGACAACUCCAGUUCCCACUGGGGAUUCUUCACCUGGUUUGUUCUCAUCGCUUUCUUGCUCAUUGCUGGUUACCUCAUCUUCUCGUCCUGGAUCAACUUCACCCGCUACGGCGCCCGAGGCUGGGAUCUUCUCCCCCACAGCGACACCAUCCGCGACAUUCCUUACCUACUCAAGGAUUUUAUCCGCCGGAUCCUAAACACUGUGCAGGGAACGGGCAGCCGAGGCGGAUACAGUGCAGUCUAA